AUUAUGGUGGAAGAUUUUGGUAGCAACUUGUUGGUUCCUAUUUAUUUAUUUAUUUUUUUUAGACAUUGACACCUUUUUAAAACGAUAUCUCGAUUCUUGGCAGAAGCAUAUUGAUAACCUAUCACGAUAUAUCACCAUUUCGAUAUUUUGUCACACCCCUAGUCUCUACUCUCUCCUCUCCUCAGCAAAGCAACUCACUCACGAGUAAAGCCGGAAUUGUGUUUUUUAAAAGGCCGAAUAGUCAUUCAAUAUAACUGCAUUUAUCACAACAUACGUGAUCUUAUUAACUCAUUCACUCCCAGCCAUUUUCACCGGAGCAAGGCCCUUCGCUCCCGGCCAUUUUACUGGAUUUUGACUGAUUUUGCAAAGCCCACAAAAAAUUCUGUUCUAUUGCUAUAUAAACAUGGAACCCACCAAAAGAAAGAUUAGACUCCCUCCUUUCAGCAGAAAAAAAAAGUAAGUUCAUAUCUUUUUCCAUUCUUUAGAAAUCAGGAUUAGAAAAUAGCUUAGUUUGAGCAAUUUUCCAAUUUCUGAUGAAAAAACGGAGAAAAUUAGCUUUUUGUAAACGCGAAAAUUUCAAACAUAACUGUGACUUUAACACGGCUAUUUUUUGCUUCAGUGACAUCCCAAACAUCUGAAUAAUGUUUUCCUUUUACAAAAUAACAUGAACAACCAGCCAAAUAGAGCUUUUGAUAGCAAAGUAACAAUUUAUUCACACUUACCUAACUGAGAGAUGACGUUUGGUGGCUGCGACAGCGGUUAAACUUUUCCCUCAUUGCCGACUGUCUCGUAAAGAUGGAUUUUUUUUUUUAGUCUUUUUUUUUGUGGUGACCACUGUCUCGUUUGCCUGGGGAACUUAUGUUCCUGGGGGGGAACUGGUUUGGCCGUGCGUGUUUCCGUGCAGGACACUCGAGCGUGCGGUGGACCUGAGCAGCAAGCUGCGGAGGGGCUCUGCUAACUUCCCUAAUAAAGUUGUACUGUUUGAAUUGGGUUGUGAGGUCUUAACAAAUGCGCUACUGCCCUCCAGUGGCCAGUUUUAUUGCUUUAAAUUGGUUUUAAGGCUUGUUUUUUGUUUGGGCGAUAGAUCGGAAAUGAGUUAAUAUGACGUAUAUUACAUGUUUUUGGACAGUUAUUUUUUAUUUAGAGGUACUUAAAGGGUUAAUUCCGAUUUAUCCGGAAAUCCAGGUUGCAUCGCCAGCCUAGGAACGAAACUCGUUCGUAACCCGGCGACUACCCGUAUCUUAUUUUAUUGCUUGUUUGCCCUUAACUCAUUUACUGCCAUUGACAGUUCUAGUCAUCUCAUCCAUUCCAACUGCGAAGCCCGGCAUCGAGUAAUGUUUCACCGCUAUUGAUGGAGAUAGAUGUCCAAUCCAAUUUCACUGGGGUGCCGGAAGUGAUCGUUCCCGGUCAAAAUUAAUUGGACAUCUAAUCUUUAUAAUCUCCGUCAAUGGCGGUCAAUGAGUUAAUAUUUUCAAAAACUAUAUAUGUUUAAAGAACCUGAUUUUUUUUUUUACCUGAUUCCAAAAGUGGAAGGAUAUUUCUUGGCCAAGAGCACAUUUUAUUGGCUGGCACCCUUCCAUUUCAAAUAGAUUGGAUGUCUAUCACCAUCAACAGCAGCCAAUGUGUUACAUGUCAUUUUAUUCCAUUCCACCGUGACAAGUUGGAUAAGAGCCCUGGAUCUUCUGCCUCAUUACAUUUCAACCGCUCCGACAUGUGUAGUAGCUGGAUGGCUGCCGCCCCUAUUUUCCAUUGAAGCACGUUGUGUUCCGCUCUGUUCCAUAACAGUGAGUCACCCCGGAGUGAGAGAGCGCUCCCGUAUCCCCGCCGCUGACGUCCGCCGCCAGCCAAUCAGGCUUUACUGUACUUUGUGAAAGAGGAGCAUCGCGUUCAUAUUUUCCUUUGCGGAGGGAGAGCACGCGGCGACCUUGCAUUCUUUUGACUUGUUUGCUCUGAAAGCAGGAUUGCUGGCUGCGUAGCUAAGGGACGUGUUGUUAGGAGAACGGUCAAGAAAAAGCCUCCAUUAGGAGCAAAAAAACUGUCACAAGCAAUGUUUCUUUCUUUGAAAUAGUAGAAAUAGCCAAGUGCAUUGUGUCACCUUUAAGUGAGCCUAAAUGUUGAACUAAUUUCUUAAGUAUAAUAACCUCCAAAAUGACCCUUCCAAAUAACAUUGCUGUCAUGAAAAUGAAUACCCUCCAAAAUUACCCUUCUAAAUAAAAUUGCUGUCCUGAAAAUGUAUCAGCCUUUCCGCAGUUCAAUGACACGGUUCUCAAUGCGUACGAAACAUCCAUGUUAUUAGGGAGAUAGUUGGGAUCUUUGGAAGGCGUCAGGCGGACGCACGGUGGAAUUUCCUUGUGAGAGAAAUCAACACAGGUUCCAAGAAGGUCAGGGCAGGUGGUGAAAAAGGUGACAUUUACCAUUGAAAUUCAGCUGGAAGUUAUAGCAAAAAUAUGAGCGUGGGCUGUAAAUCCGUGAACUGGCUUAACUAUAUGGCCGCAGAAAGAGUACGAUCUCGACGGUCCUCCUCCGACGUCCGUUCGCCAGUCUUUAUAAGUUAAGGUGUCCAUUAUUAUUGUGGUACCAUCGCCAAAGAAAUCGCCAGCUUCGUCAGGUUUUUCCAUCUCUCUGCCACGUACAGCACGUAAAACACGUCCGCCACAUUAGAACCCGAUUCGUUACAAUAUUACAGGAAUUAUUACUAUUAGUAUUCCAGUUUUUAUAAAUAAUUUGUUUUGCUAUGUGUAAUUGCCAUUUGUAAUGGUACCAGCAGUAUUUAUUAAGGAUUUAGUGUAAUUUUGGGCUGUGGAACGAAGUAAUGGAAUUAUAAUGUAUUCUUAUGGGAAAAUCCUGCUCGACAUACGACUAUUUCGACUUACAAACAAGGUCAUGGAACGAAUUACCUUCAUAUGAGAAUAUGUAAAGGAAAGAAUGAGUCAGGCCAUGUAUCGAGAGAUUUUGAGUGAAAAUCUCCUUCCAUCAGCAAGGGCAUUGAAGAUGAGACGUGGCUGGGUCUUUCAGGAUGGCAAUGAUCCCAAACACACAGGCAGGGCAACAAAGGAGUGGCUACGUAAGAAGCAUUUUAAGGUCCUGUCCUCCUAGCCAGUCUCCAGGUCUCAACCCCAUAGAAAAUCUGGGGAGGGAGUUGAAAGUCCGUGUUGCCCAACGACAGCCCCAAAACAUCACUGCUCUAGAGGAGAUCUGCAUGGAGGAGUGGGCCAAAAUACUAGCAACAGUGUGUGAAAAGCUUGUGAAGAGUUACAGAAAACGUUUGGCCUCCGUUAUUGCCAACAAAGGGUACAUAACAAAGUAUUGAGAUGAACUUUUGGUAUCAACCAAAUACUUAUUUUCCACCAUGAUUUUCAAAUAAAUUCUUUAAAAAUCAAACAAUGUGAUUUUCUGUUUUUUUUUUCCACAUUCUGUCUCUCAUGGUUGAGGUUUACCCAUGUUGACAAUUACAGGCCUCUCUAAUAUUUUCAAGUGGGAGAACUUGCACAAUUAGUGGUUGACUAAAUACUUAUUUGCCCCACUGUAUAUGAUAACGUUAGUGGCUAAUUUCAUACAAUGAUCUCUACUAGACGAUCACUUGUGAAAAGGCAGAGAUGGUCAUAAGGCGAUAUUUACUCAUGUAUUUAUCAAGUAAGUUGGCAUCUGUUUUGAUCGUUUUGCAAAAAUUCCAUUUGUCUUAUUUUUUUCUUUGGCGAAACAUUUAGAGAAUAAAAAAUGCCUGACUCUUCCCAGUUCAUCAUGGAAAAUGUCCAAAUUAGGCCCAAGUGUCAUUUAAUCCACGUUAGUUUUUAGAGGAUAAUUUAGUCAUGAAGGAGUCAGAAGUGAGAGAAUGAUUCAUUCGCUCACUCUUUACUCCCUAAUCACCAGGGGUGAAAGUGGGCGGGAACGAUUGGGAACGGUCAGGAACGCAGUUCCGGUAGAAGAUUCAGGGCUGGAACGCAGUUGCGGUAUAAAAUUCAGGGCCGGAACUUUGUUCCACUAUACGGUGCUUUGAUUCCGAAAAUAUGAUGGCAAUUGUCAAAACGGUAUGUAAAAAAAAAAAUACAAAGCUGCUACACAUGCAUUUCAUCUCCAAGAAGAAAACAAUCUACAGCAAUCAGAUUUACAUACACAAGUGUUGACAACAAGCAUAAUAAAGUGCUUGUGUAGCAUAAUCCAUUUCCACCGAUAUUUAUUAUUUAUUUUAUUCCACGGACGGCAUGGAGGUUUCCCCAGCUGCUGCAGUUGUCUGAGUUUGACGAUGACGAGUCACGUUAAUGUGCAAAUGCACACAGCAAAGCAAAACGCCUGCACUCAUUUAUCCGUUCAUUUGGCUGACAUGCGAUCACCAGAGAUAGUUAGCUCUGAUUGGUUCAAAUGUGCAUGUUUUCUGAAACAGCAAAAAAAAAAAAAGGGGCAACGCAACAGAAAAUGGAUCAAAUCUUUAAGAGCAAGGAAAGAGUUAAGGUGGCUUAUUUAUCAUAUUUAGUUUUAUUUGCUCUGAUGGGGAGGUUCAGAACAUCUUAGCUGUCAAUGUGCACUUUGGACUUAUAUUUGUUCAUUUAUGUUAGGCUACUUAUUCCUUUCCUUUUGAUUUUAAAAAAGUCAAUUUUUGCGCGAUCUUCAAAAUAUAUACCAUUUCACUCUUCAUAAUACAAGUCAUUUGUACUUAUUUUUCUGAAUGUAUGCUACUUAUAUAUUUAUUAUUUAAAAAAAAAAAAACAACAACAAAAAGUAAAUGUUUACAUUAUCUUCAAUUUUAAUAUGCAUCCUAGGUUCUUAAGUAGUUAAAAUUGAGAUUUGGCAUUUAGUAUGUGAGGAAAAAUAAAAAUUAGGAGAUGGAGGCUGGGGUUAUAGCUGUUUUUGUUCACUUUUAUUUUGCAAAUCAUUGAAAAAAUACAAUUUUGAAUGAAAAUCAGUUUUUUUAUGUGUUUAUAGAAAUAACUGACCAAAAAGAGUUUUCUUUGCAUUUCAGUAGUUUUACCCCAAAAUUUAAAUAAAUAAAUACAAUUUCUGGCUCCGUGGCAACCUUCACGUCGGGGAGUUCCGGCAAGAAAUUCUAACCACUUUCACCCCUGCUAAUCACUAAAUAAGGAUCAUAUCAAACUAUCCAAAUACAGUCAGCAAUAAGUGAAUGAUUUGUCCUUGAAUGUAAGUGAGAGCAAGGGUGAGAAAACUACCCCAAUCUCACCACCGAUUGGUGCAUCUCAGGGAGUACCGUCGCCUCCCAUAGGUUGGUCAGCAUUGACCGUCCGCUACUUUAAGAGGUUCAGGUGUUGCACGUGUGAAAUGCAGGGACAGUUGGGGGGUAAUUUAAGGUUAAGAUCGGUGUGCAGCAAAAGAGAGAGGCAGUCUAUUUAAAGGCCGUCGCCUCCUUCCCUACUCAUGAAUAUUUAAACAGCGCUACGCCCCUCCCCCGUGUCAUCCAGAUCAGCUGGAGGAAGAAUCUGCUCAACCAAUGGGAUUACGCCGACGGAUUGAGUGCGCGUAUGUGUGUGUGUGUGUGUCUGUGUACACAGCUGAGAGCGAGCCUGGACAAGCAGCAGCGGCGGCAGCAGCUUCUGUGUUUGCCCAAAAUGUAGGCCAGCCCGUCAUUCUUUGUCCUAUUCAGUCGCCGCCAGAUCCACUUCCGAAUUGACCGUGGCAUCUCAGUGGGGAUUUACUCAAGGGGUCAUGUAACCUCGUCCAAUACCGAUCCCCUCACCCCUCCUUGAGGAACCUUUGUCUGCAUCGGAGAGAGAAAGAAAGGUGCGCCUCAGGACCCAGUCAUGAAUUCCUGUUGGAAAAUUAAAAUUCAGAAUGAAAAACCGUUGGGUCAUUCAGCGAGCAGAUCCAGCAAUAUAUCAAAGGACAAAAUGCAGCCAGCCACUAUGAGUGAGGAUGAUGACCCAGGACUGCUUCAUGGCAAAUUCCGUUUUAAAAAGCUGCCUAAUGGAAAUCUGGAUAAAACCAGAGUUGUGGGCACAUACUGCUGUGAUGAACUGUCCUUCCGUCAAAGCACAAAAAUUCAUGAACUUUUUGAAAAUGAGAAGGCAACAAAGGUGGAACAACUAGCCAGAGCUACGUUUGUUGCACCGACAGGAGACCACUGGACAUCGGCCGGCAGCCCGACUUCCGUCAACGCCCCCAGCAGCUUCUCCAGAACGUCUGUUUCUCCCUCCAGCCAAGACAUCUGCAGUAGUGGUGCAGACGAAGACGGUCUGAAGCAGACGGCGGUGGUUCUCUUGGCCCCAAAUGGGAAAACCACUGAAGCGGCGGUGACCACCGUGCUGGCAGACAAGCAGCCCGCCGCCGCCCCCAAACAGCGAGACUGGCUGUCUGUCCUGCGGGGUCCCCGUCCCCCCGGCCCUCUGCCUUUCUCGGUCUCGCUCAACGAUGUGGGCCAGCGGAUGGACGGCCUGUAUCGCGGCUUGCGCUUCAUCGACCGCACCUGUUCCGAAGGGGAGCUGGAGAGCAAAGCCGAGGACGCCGCUCAGACUCGGGGCUCCCCAGCGAGAACAAACGGCGGUCCCGAGCAGGGCAGGGUCUUUUGGUCGCGGUCCCGCCCGGUUCCGUCAAAGCAGGUGGAGGGCCCCUUUGAGGUUUCGCCGCCUCGGUCCCCGAGCGCCCAUUUCCUGCGCCUGCUCCUCCCCUUCUCCCGAUCCUCCACCUCAUCCAGCUUGCCCAAAUCUUCCAGCGCCAUCUUGGAAGGCAGCGAGUUGGAGCUAGCCAAGGGCGUCCAUUUGGCGCCGCUUUGCUACAUGGACGAGGACAGCGACCUGGACCGCUGCCCGUCCCCCGUCUUGCCCAAAACGGAACCGCUGUCACACUUUUCGCUGUCUGCCGACUGCUGCAGGAUCUGCCACUGCGAAGGCGACGAGGAGAGCCCUCUGAUCACGCCGUGCCACUGCAUGGGCAGCCUGCGCUUCGUGCACCAGUCGUGUCUGCAGCAGUGGAUCAAGAGCUCGGACACGCGCUGCUGUGAGCUCUGCAAGUACGAGUUCAUCAUGGAGACCAAACUCAAGCCUCUGCGCAAGUGGGAGAAGCUCCAGAUGACGGCGAGCGAGAGGAGGAAGAUCAUGUGCUCGGUCACCUUCCACAUCAUCGCCAUCACCUGCGUGGUGUGGUCGCUCUACGUGCUCAUCAACAGGACGGCCGACGAAAUCAAGCAAGCCAGGAGUAUUCCAGGCAUCAUGGAGUGGUCGUUCUGGACCAAGCUGGUGGUGGUGGCCAUCGGCUUCACGGGCGGCCUGGUCUUCAUGUACGUCCAGUGCAAGGUCUACGUCCACCUGUGGAGGAGACUCAAGGCCUACAACCGCGUCAUCUACGUGCAGAACCGGCCCGACUCGUGUAAAAAACCCAAUCCGGAGAAGCCGCCGCUCCUGGAACCUGGCGUGGAGCACAACAAGGACACGAUGGCCCCCGCCCACUCCGACACCAACUCCUCCCACCACACGGAGACUGACGACUACAGUAUGGACGUCCUCCACGUCUGACUGGUAUCGGAUAGGGGAUCCAUAUCGUCGUCUCGGCCUCUUUCGCCGCUUCCUUCGAGGGACUCGGACAGACGGGAAGAUGAGUGCAUCAGUGCCGUCGAUGAAAAACGAUUUCAACUUUUACAAAAAAAUCGCAGUCAAGCAGCCUUAGACGUUCCUUCAACCACAGAUGGAAAAACUUUGGCACUGGAUGAGAUGACAAUGGCAAAAAAUGUGCCAGUCAUUUUUGUCACGGUAAAAUAGAAAGACAAGAACACAUACAUGAACACAGAGAGGGUUAACACUAAAGGCUGAUUCAUGCGUCUGCGUUCCGGUGACGGCGAGGCUACGUCGUCGACCUUACGGCAUCAUUGUGCAUUCGAAGUUCUGCGUCAAGGGAACGUGUUGCUCUGUAAUUCACCGCCAUGCCACUAGAGGGGUGUGGCUUUGUACGGUUUUGGGAAACUUUGUCGAAUUCCUUUAGUUUUCCUCCGGUCAUUGACAGCAAUGGCAACGGAGAUGGAAUGUGUGUAUUUGCAGCCGCAGCUAAUCAGUAUUGAACAACAAAAGUUGUUAAUACAAAUGUUGAUGCAUAGGCGACACAGAAGACGUUUGCGAAUGUUCAAAAACGGCGGCGUUGUUGUGCUAAUUCAGAAACGACGUUCUGAGUGGACCAAUCACAGUCCUUCGACGUUCACAUCGUGGCACGUAGUCAGAAUUUUUUUUGAGGAACGCGUCUGGCAGGGCCGGCCAAGGCCAUUUGGGGGCCCUAAACAAAAUAAUGCCAAGGGCCCCAAAUUUUUGGCCCACCAUUUUGUCACAGUCUACUGUGAAACUCUUACAUGCAAUCCAACCAAUAUGUCCAUAUUUUGUAUAUUAAUCAGAUUUUGUUGCACUGCAUUCUUCAAACUUCUCACCCCAAAUGAUUGUCAGUACUUACAGUAGAUAACGCCAAACCUUUUUCUAAAAGAGGAAAGAAAGAAGUUAAGGAAGAACUUUAAUUUUUAUGCUUGUAAUCAAGUAUCAAAACUCAAAAAAGUCAAAUAAAGCAAACUGUAGUAAACAAAAUAGAAUAUAAAUUAAACAAUUGCCAGAUUGCCCCCUAUCUGGGCCCCCUAGUGGUCAAGGGCCCUAAGCAGCUGCAUAGUCUGCGUAUAGGCUGGGCCGGCCCUGGCGUCAGGCUACGGCGAAGGGUCGUAAAUCGUGUCUGCGUUAACGGCGUGGGUCCGCCGUCACCGCUACGCAGAAACAUAAAUCAGCCUUAACAUGUAUGCAGUUUAACUGAAAACUUGACAUAUUUUAGUCAAUGCGUCCUCCCAAAUAUAAUAUGAUUUUGUCAAAAUGUCCUCACCAAGAUUCCCCACAAAAAUACAAAGACAAGAUUAAAGACACACAUACAAUUUAAUGAAGUAAGUUGAGAUCAUCGUGGCAAAUUUUUUGUCCAAAAAAAGACACACUCAGGCAUUUUUUGUGGGGUCAAAAUGUUCAUAAAAUGUUCAAUUUGGUGCUCCCGAAAGAUAGAAGACACGAGCAACACAAAUGUGCAGUUUCAUUAACGGAAAAGAUUUUCAGUCAAAAUGUUCUAAUGUCUGGCUAAGAAAAAUGUCAAAGUUGAUGCCCACAAGCACAGGCAGUUUUAUAAAGCAAAAGCAAAGGCAAAUUUCAGUUAAAAAGUCAAAAUGUCCUUGUAAAGAACAAUGCCUCACAAAGCUAGCAAGACGAUAAGGCACACGCGGACAGUUUCAUAGUUGAAAUUUUCAGUCAAAGCACACAACCCAGUUUAACUCAUUGCCUGCCAUUGACAGCAAUAGCCCUCCAAAACAUGUUAACUGUGAGGACUGGCUGUGAAUGCUCAUCCUGCACCGUUGACGGCGCUUGACAUCCAAUCCAUAGUCUGAAUGGAUCGGACGAUAGGGCCGUCAAUGGCAACCAUUGACUUGUCCUCAACUCAAAAAACAGUCCCACGAAGAUGGAAAGACAAGAAUACGCAGACAGCUGGUUUUUUUUUUUUAGUUUUCAAGUCCGUCGGUGGAUGGACACGCAUUGAGGCACUUUUUUUUGUCCGAAAGGAGUGGACGACGCGGGCGUCUUGACGUACGCCCUAAAGAAGUGAAGAAAAGGAUGUCUGUUGACUUUGAACAUCCCCAUUUCCGAUAACUUUCUGAAGAGAAUGUACACUUUUUUGCAAAAACAAAACUUCAACAACAACAAAAAAACAUUUUUAGAUCUUUUCUAUUGUCUUUGAACUCACCGUGACCACUUUGUAUGUUUUCAUUCAGGAGCGCGCGAGAGUGUGGCUAUCUUUACGUGAGCGUCGUUUAUCGCUAGCAAGCUUUUCCAACUUUUCUCCCACUGCGAGGGGAAAAAAAAAACCGGACGCUUUAAAACGAGCCUCAGGAAAAUACGCGUGCACGGUCACGUAAAUGCGCCGCCGCCACAGGAUUUGCUAGACGAAAAAUCGGGUUUAGAAGCUUUUGUUGCGUUUUUAUCGAACGCCUAAAGUGCUAACAUUCAUUCCCAAUAGUGCUAAAUGUAACUUGGUUUUGGAGUGCAACAACUUUUAAGAUUUUCAAUUUUUUUGUGUGUGUGUUGCGAGCCAACAUUGUACAAGCACACUUUGCCGUUUCAUUUCCCCAAAAAUUGAGAUGAUUUACAAACAUUGACGGAACAAAUUUGGUACACUGUUAUCGUCUACGGAAGCUUACUAUUCUAAAUGUAUUCACAGUUUGGGAUAUGAGUACACCGAUUUAUGAGUUCAGUCUCGGGACAAUUAGAACUCCUAAGUCAAAAGAUCACUGAAACAAUAGACACUUUUCCAAUUCCUAACCUGUUCAGUGGUACCUCAAGAUACGAAAGCUUGGCUACAAGAAAAAUUCAUUCAAAGCUUUUUUCGCUCCGUAUUACGAAAAACGAUUCAUCAUGAGUUCAAUAUCUGAUCCGGACCGACUAUCCCAGAGGUCGGCAACCGAAAAUGUUGAAAGAGCCAUAUUGGGCCAAAAAAAAUAUUUGUGGAGCUGCAAAAAACCCAUUAAAUCCUUAUGUAAGCCUUAUAAUGAAGGCAACACAUGCUAAUUGCAUCUAUAUUGCUACGUUGGCCUACUAUUGACAUGACUAAGUUUCAGGGGCCGUUUUCAUGGUGACGCUCCGGGAAUACUGCACAUUUCAUUUAUUCAUUUACAUGGUUUCGUCUUGGUUCAGGCUCCAUUUGAACGAUGUCGCAAUGGCGUACCGCAAGCAACACGUCACUUUUGCUCUUUAAUAUUCAUGGCGUUAGCAAUUGUUGCUAGGCGGGUCAACUCGUGUUUGUCCCAACACUAAAUGCAUGUAAAUAGUGUACGAACGACAUGUUUACUAAGCAAAACCCACUAAUUCUGUCUGAAAAUGACGUCCCUGGUGCCAAAAUCACUGGUAAAGAUGUGGAAGAACAUACAAGUGUUCAAUUCGAGAUGGCUUGAGUGUCGAGGGCUGAAAAAGACUCCACUGACAAUGACAUUCUAUCCUUUACCACCAUAUACCCUGUCUUUCUUAUAUAUUAUAUCCUCUGGUUGUCUUACAUCUCUGACCGUUCUUGGGGGCAAUUUACAUUGCUAUUUUUCUGUAGCAAUCAAAAAUGAUACUCCGUGACAGUCAACGAACACUUAAUUUUUUUUUUAUUCAUAACAAAUCUUAAUUCUAUAAGUUAUUUACACUUCCCCUUACUAAAGUUGUUUUUUACAACAGAAAAGGUAACAACAGCCGCAGUCAGAUACCAUUUUGAUUUUUUUCAGGUCACUCAUUGUCCGACAGAAGCAGCACGGCAAAACGCCACGCUAAAAAAUAAGUAAAAAUAUCAAAAUGGCUUACCUCUUCAUCCUCUGUAGGACUAUAGCCCCCAACAAAAUGUUUACUGCAUACGAAGGUGAAUGGCUUCACCUUGCUGGCGUUAAACUGGUCUUUUGGACAUCCGCAAAAGUUGAGCCAUUGUUCACAUUUUUUUCUCUUUUUUGGCUUCAGGAAACGUAUGAAGAAAACAUCCUUCAUAUAUCGUACUGUCUAGAGUUGUUUCUUCAAGUUCCAUAGCAGCAGUGUUUACUCGGCAUGUUCUUUUUUGAAAGAUUACCAGCAGAAAACAAGUAGUGAUAAAAUGAGUUGAAUGCGAGGGCGUGUCUUAUGUUGACCCACUUCUGGGUUUCGAUGGCGAAGUCACUGUCUAAAAAUAGCAUCCAUGCGGUACGCUAUUCCGCGUGAAAACAAUGUAGUAUUCAAGCCAGGCCCUAGGAGGCAGUGUAGUUUUACAAGACGACAGCCAAUGAUGCACUUCCCUGACCACAACCUCCUCAGCCCAGAAGACAACAUACACGCCCACUCGAAGCAAUGGCGUUCAUGCAUUUUUUCACUUUUGCUUCAAAAGGCACAAAAACACAAACAUAAAACAUAUAUAUAUAUAUUAAAAACUAUGAUUAAAACAGUACAUUAAAGCCGACGUUCCACCAUGAUUGCUGUUUUGAAUGUUUAGCAGCAGCGACUGCGCAUGCCCAAAGUGACAUGUGAAAGUGUUGACAUUGUUGGCACGAGAACAUUCCAUUCAUAUGGUUGCGAAGCAGUCCCAGCAAUCAAAUCGUUCUGCUUUGGAGACCGGAAUCAAAAGUUUGCGUCUUUGUUUUCUCUUUUCACCGUCACCGUGUAAGGCGAGGCCAUUCCGCAACACAAUCAUUUUGUCUCUGUGUCGCAACGUCACCAUGUAAACGGUUCCUAAAUGGGCUACAAAUACAUAAAGAGCCUUCAUGAUUAAAUUUUUUCUGCAGUGCAUCUUAAUAGAGAAUGAAGAAUCACGUGACUACUCUGUUGUACGAUGCCCUGAGGUUUUUCAUUACAAUAUCAAUGAAUCAGAAUCACGUUUGUUCUACAGAAACCAUAUUAAAACUAUAUAUAUAUUAGGGCUGUCAAACGAUUAAAAUUUUUAAUCGAGUUAAUUACAGCUUAAAAAUUAAUUAAUCGUAAUUAAUCGCAAUUAAUCGCAAUUCAAACCAUCUAUAAAAUAUGCCAUAUUUUUCUGUAAAUUAUAUAUAUAUUCUGCAAAAAUAAAUUGUUGGAAUGGAAAGAUAAGACAGAAGAUGGAUAUAUACAUUCAACGUACUGUAUAUAAGGACUGUAGUGGGCAUUUCACUCUACUGUCAUUUAAAUCUGUCUAUGCUAUCCUCACUCCGAAGCGUCUACUUUUUCCAAAGCUAGACAGCUAGUGAACGACGCCUUAAUAAUCAGACUUCUUCCUUUUUCAUCUGAUUUAUUAAUAAAAUGGCCUCAAACCAUUGUUCUCUUUAGACCGUAGUGAAACUACAAAAAAAAAAAAGUACACAAGCAUUGCAUUUGCAACAACGUUAGCUUAGCACGCUAUACAGGUUCACUAAACAUAAACAAAAAGCGUCUCAUACAAAAAGUAUAACAUUUCGCUUACUAGCAUAAUAUGUACAUUCUUUACAACAACCAUACUUACGGACAAAUCUUGUCCAAGGAUCAUUUAAGCACAACAUUACAACGUAGGCGUCAGCCCGAGACGUCAUGCAGCCAUAUUGAACUGGCAAGAAAGCAAUAAACCAUGUCGCAAAGCGACCACAAGAGUUCGCUGUUAGACAGCACAAACAACCUUGCUGUAAAACUUACCAAAAGGCAGAAUACUGUCUGACAUGGGACAGUGCGGGAGAUGUGCGUUAAUUGCGUCAAAUAUUUUAACGUGAUUCAUUUUAAAAAUUAAUUACCGCGCGUUAACGCGAUAAUUUUGACAGCCCUAAUAUAUCCCUCCCCCAUCUUUUUCCAUUUUGAAACAUUUUUGAAAAAGCUCCAGGGAGCCACUAGGGCAGUGCUAAAGAGCCGCAUAUGGCAAAAGCCAUGCUGGCACGGGGAUAACAUGCUACUCCACACAGGAAAUCCGGAGCUGGAAUUAAAGCCCUUAUCCCAGAACAUUUUAGGCGGACAUUCUAACCACUCUUUCUCCGUGCCGCCCUAAAUUAUUCAUCAUGUGAAAGAUAAUAUGUACUGUUAUAGAUUAUUCCUAGCUCGCAACAAUGCAAUAAUGUAACUACGUUUGACCAUAAAUGUAAACAAAGGAAACAGACAUGAGCAUUGUAGCGUGUCUGUGAAAUGAGAAUAUAACUUACAAGGCACAAACAGUGAGAGGAAAUGGCAAGCAACGGCUGCCAAAGUCCACUGGUCUUUUAGUACUCCGUGGUAACAUCCGUAGAAUGAGCCUAAUAAACUAGUUCGUGGAACUACGGUGCGACAAAGCAUUACAAAUAAAGACAGCAAUCAGAGGACAUGGCAGCAAAUUGUAUUUCGUAGAGCUCGGACCCAAUUAAACUGAUUACCAGAGUUGGGUAAUAAAGUGUUACAUUUACUUGAGUGACUUUUCAAGAAAAAUGUAGUUGUACCACGCAAUACUUUUUACUUCAGUAGAUUUGUGAAGCAACACUACUCUUACUCCACUACUUUUGGCUACACCAGAGUCAAUACAUUUUUCUUCUUUAUUCUACAUAUUUUUAUUUUUGCCAGAGAUGCCAACAGUGGCCGUCUCAGUUCCACCAUUGAGACGUCGGAACAAUCACCACAUGACUCCAUUAUACCAAUCAGAAGUUUUCCCCUUCUAAAUGGCGCUCAUGCGCUUUGGACGGGUCAUGUUUCAUAGUAUUGUUCUGGUCUAAAUUCAAGGAUUUUUGCGACAUCGUUUAGGUCUAAUAUGGUUAUAUAAUCAUUUAUAGUAUAGUACAGGGUGGGACAGAGCAACUUGCUUAUUUAAAUUUGGGGCCCUGAAGCGAUGGUAGCUCUGAAUAUGGUCGGGAUGGACUUAUUUGAGAGGGUGGGGCUUAAAGUUUGGUUCUUAACGUGCGUUAUUUAUUUCGUGUUUGUUUUUCAGGAACCCCAGUGACCAUCAUGGCGUGGACAAAGUUGGAACGCGCUUUUGCUGUUGAGGCAUUUUUUUCCAAGCAGUCGCUCAAUCGUCGCAAUGCAAUGUGCAUUCCGUAGACAUUUCCAAUAUUGCCCCGAGUGAUUGUGUUCCUGGCCGGCAGUCGAUUGCUUCAUGGGUAAACAACUUCAGGGAAACGGGUUGUGUAAAAAAACUAACAAAAAAGAAACCUGGCUUCCCACGAACACUCAGGUCACCCCAAAACAUUGAUGCAGUGAGACAAUCUGUUUUGAGAUCUCCCCGACGGUCUACCUGCAAACACGCAUCUGCCCUUUGGUUGUCUGCUCGUUCUGUGAGACGAAUCCUCCAUGAAGAAUUGAAAUUUCAUUCUUCCAAAUUAGCUAUUUUCCGAAAUUUCCAGGUUUGCUGUGAAUCUGUAACAGGCACACUUUUGUUCAGUAGACAAUGUUUAUUGAUUAGAAAAUGCAGAAUAAAUGACAUUUAUUGAUUACAAUCCCACAAGAGCAAGUAACAAGCAUAAAAAACAAGCAUAAAAAGGGUAACGAUGACUCUAGAUUUGAGUUUGUCAAUCCCAGAAUCCCCGCGCUACGUUACAGCACAACCAGGUGUCCCUUAGCAAUGAAAAUCGCUUACCGUGACAAAUGAGCGGGAGCCAACGCUCCGGUAAGGCGGCGAAGGAACAAAGCCAGGCGAUCCUUACGUGACCCGCUGGCAGAUUUCACUGGUCGCCCGGAAAUGCCCGGUUUUUGUAGGAACGCGCCACACGGGGGCGGAGACGGCCAACCUCUGCCGACAAAGCUACUUUUGGUUCAUCCCCUCGAAAAAGGGGCUUUUCUUUGCGUGGUUCCCAGGUUGCGCCGUCCGGUAGCAGAUGUUGUGUUCCCACGGUAAAUAUUAUGAGUGCAAAACAAGUUAUCUCGUGAGAUUCCCUCCUAACUAUGGAACCCAGGCGUGUAAGAAACAAUCAAAACAAGUUAUCUGGUGAGAUUCCCUCCUAACUAUGGGACUAUGGUGCAAAACAAGUUAUCUCAUGAGAUUCCCUCCUAGCUAUGAAACUCAAGGUAAAAAACAAUAGAAGUUGUUACAAUCUAGGUCACAGAAGCAAUCAUACAUCACAAAGGCAUAAUGUAAUAUUUUCCCCCAUCAGCUAUGGUCAGAAACUUAAUCCAUGCGAUUUUAUUGCUCGUGAAAAUGCAUGUGAGGCGCUUUUGGGCUUGCCUGGCAACACACUUAUUUUCUUCAGUGAUGAGGCUCACUUCCAUCUUUCGGGAUCUGUAAAUAAGCAAAACAUGCGCUACUGAAGUUCUGAAAACCCCAGAGAACUUCAUCAACGUUCUCUACACGCAUGACGUGUAACUGUUUGAUGUGCACUUUCGUGAGUUGGCAUAAUUGGCCCAUGGUUUUUUGAAGAAAACAAAUGGGCAGUAUCAGUGACAUCUGACUGUUAUGUCAACAUGAUCAAUGAGUGUUUCCUGCCAACACAAAAGCAGACUGGUGUGGAACGGGGGGCAAUAUUGAAAUGUCUACGGAAUGCAUGUCGCGUUGGGACAAUUGAGCGACCACU